GCUUCAUUCAGGAUCAAGAAGGCAAAGGAUUACGCUCCUGCAACCUGUAACGUUGAAGCAGUCGGUAGCAGCUUUCAGCGCUCUUCCAAAAGCUCGCCAGAUCCCGUGGUGCGCGUACGUGCGACGAAAUUCUGUGCGCGCCUUUAAUUUCCGAAACUUUUUGACAGUUGCCACCGAGAAAAAUAAAAUUGAAGGGGUGUGUUCAGAAAAUGUUUAUUAUGAGUGAUACUGGUGUGAAUCGCGGUUUGGUAGUAUGAGACACGAGAGAAUGAGGAAUAGGAAAGAGCGAGGUUUCAAAAGGACCGUGGUCGAUGACUUCGAAGAGGAAAGAAAAGUGGAAAAGCACCCUGGAAAUUGUAGCAGGGGUAAAUGCACGGGGGAACUGGCAUGUAAGGAAUUGGAAAACAACUUUUACUCAUGUGUAUGCCCUCAUGACUCCAAAGCCCCCAACCCAGACGGAUCCUGCCCCAGAUACACAGUUCCUCUUCAACCAGGUUUGAUACCUAAUGUCCUGCCACCGUCCAACAAUAAUGAAGAAACAAAUACCAGCAGCAGAUUGCCUGAUACAACUCCGUCCGUUCAACACUCUAUAGCACAACCGACAACUACGAAUCAGAUCGAUUACUACGUGGUUGGUGGUGGCGUUUCCCUCUUCCUCGUCUCGAUGCUACUGUUGGGACUGAUCCUGAGGCGAAAAUGCUGUUCAAGAUCCAGACACGAUUCAAUAGCAUCACCAGUUAAUCUGAAGUCCAACCUCCUUCUGUCGAAACGUUACGUACCAAACCCUCAGUAUACAGCGUGUGCUGGUACCGGGGUCCCGUUGCUGAAGAAGGAAACCUUGAAGUUCAAGCAGGAGAUUGGCGAAGGUUGCUUCGGAAAAGUUUUCAAAGGUCAUUAUAUCCUAGACGGAGGUAACAGAGUCGAGGUGGUCGCAAUAAAAGUUCUCAAAGAGAACGCAUCCAAGGAGGCAGAGGACGAUUUUCUCAGGGAAGUGGAAAUUAUGAGCGCCUUCCGCCACCCCAACAUCCUUUCGCUACUGGGGGUCGUGCCAAGAGAGGGAAAUUUGAACCCGAUGAUGGUCUUCGAGUUCAUGACGCACGGGGACCUGGCCGAGUUGCUGCGAUCCCAAAAGAAAACUUUUUACGACCCCGAAGAAGAGGAGGUGCCCAUUUUAUCAGACGCCGACCUGCUCCACAUAGCCCUGCAAAUAGCCAGGGGUAUGAGCUAUCUCGCCAACCAGAGGUUCGUCCAUCGCGAUCUGGCUUGUAGGAACUGCCUGGUGUCUCAGGGGCCGGUGGUUAAAAUUGCAGAUUUCGGAAUGAGUCGAGAUGUGUACACGUGCGACUAUUACAAGGUAAUUUUGAUUGGUGGAUCCAGACUGCUACCUGUUAGAUGGAUGUCUCCAGAAAGCGUAGUUUAUGGUCGUUUUACCCUUGAAUCCGAUAUCUGGUCUUACGGGGUAGUUCUGUGGGAGAUCUACAGCUUCGCCAGACAACCCUACUUCGGCCACACAAACGAGGAAGUGGUCAAGUUCAUACUCGACGGGAUUAUGCUGAUACCACCAACAGACUGCCCUGCUAUAGUGUGCGACCUGAUGAAGCACUGCUGGAAGACAGAGCCAAGGGACAGGAUCAGAUUCGUCAAUAUCUGCGAUAAGUUAGAGGUGGCUUAUCAGGAAUGCGUUUGUACCGAGUCGCAUAUUGAAAAUGAAGUGAAAGGAAAAUGUAAAUCUGAAGAUAGCGAACCCAAAGAUAAAAGUGGAAAGACCUUACCAAGGCCACCACCCAUGCCUCUGCUUCUUCAGGAAGAUGUUCUGGACACAGAAGGCUACUUGUUAGCAAGGGAGAUGGAGGCAGUGCAAUAUCUGGAGACUCUUCCAGGAUGAA